CUGAAGAUUAGCAAACGAAGUGUGUCAGCUGUUGCAGCCAAUGAGAUGCAAAACCCAGUGGGACCACAGUACCAAGUCCGGCUGGUGAACGGGCGUAACGGGUGCGAGGGCAGAGUGGAGGUGCAGUUUGACGACCUCUGGGGCACGGUGUGCGACGACGACUGGGACAUGGUGGACGCCAACGUGGUGUGYCGGCAGAUGGGAUGCGGUGUGGCCGUAGCUGUGGGCAGCAGCUCUCAGUUCGGCCAAGGCUCCGGGCUCAUCGCUCUGGACAACGUAGACUGCAGGGGCAACGAGAGCAACCUGAGUCAGUGCCACAGUCUGGGCUGGGGCGUGCACAACUGUUACCACUAUGAGGACGUGGGCAUUGCCUGCAGAGAACUACCUUUGCCGAUAGCACGGGAUUUUGCRGGAACCACCACACCAUCUGUAGUCAGCCCUGGCUUACGAGACGGCACAAUUCGUUUAGUGAAUGGGAGGAACUCCUGCGAGGGCCGAGUCGAGAUCUACUACCAGGGAAACUGGGGCACGGUGUGCGAUGACGACUGGAACCUCAACAACGCCGUGGUGGUGUGCCGUCAAAUAGGCUGCGGUACCGCCGUCGCUGCGCACACCAACUCCUUCUUCGGCUACGGCACCGGGCUCAUUCUCCUGGACAACGUCAACUGCCGCAGCAACGAAGUCGAGCUGAAGUCGUGCAAAAACCUCGGCUGGGGCAAACACAACUGUGGGCACCAUGAGGACGCYGGGGUCACCUGCACUGGAAUCUCCACUGUACUUCCUGUGACAACAAGAAACCAGGGGAUCCUGGAYCUAACAAUGACUAUUGUUCCAGAAACACUUCCAGCCACAGCUUCACCAAGUACAACUGUUACAACUGUUUCAACAACCAUUACAACAUUGACCAGCACAACAAAAGGUCCUACAACCAUCCGCGUGGUGAAUGGCAACGACAAGUGCCAGGGUCGCGUCGAGGUCCUCUACAAAACUGUCUGGGGGACGGUGUGCGAUGACGACUGGGACAUCACCAAUGCCAACGUGGUGUGCAGGCAGCUUGGCUGCGGCCCCGCUGUAGAAGCCAAGGGCUUAGCCUUCUUCGGCUACGGUUUGGGUCCCAUCCUGCUGGACAAUGUGGAGUGCAGUGGCACCGAGUUGGACCUGGCUAACUGCUUCAACCUGGGCUGGGGUCAGCACAACUGUGGCCACCAUGAGGAUGCUGGAGUUAUCUGUGAAUCUUUUGUCCUUKUCACAGACGACUCGAGCGUAACACAAAAUGUAUCAGACACCACUGCUACCACUCAACCCUCUGAAGGGAUGUUGAGACUGGUGGGUGGUCAGCACCAGUGUGAGGGUCGAGUGGAGRUCUACCUGAACUCUGAAUGGGGCACUGUGUGCGAUGACGCCUGGGACCUUCCUGACGCCCAGGUUGUGUGUCGUCUGGUGGGCUGUGGAGAGGCUAUGACGGCUUGGGCAGAAGCUCACUUCGGACCCGGCGCAGGAACAAUCCAACUGGACAAUCUCAAGUGUACCGGURCUGAAGCCUCCCUCCUGGGUUGCUCCCAUAUAUCCUGGAGCGUGCACAACUGUGACCACUCUGAAGAUGCUGGCAUUACRUGCUCGCUGUCRUGAUUUCAGUGAAAYCAAACUCCCACYUGCACCAUUUUAUGGAGCAGGAGUACCCAGCUCGGACUUGUAUACAUCAUGUAAAUAAUAGUGUUUACACUGCUGCAGGAAUACACCACUGUCAACAUCAUAUAAAAUAACUAAUGUCACAAUAUAUGAUUUAUAUAAUAACUAUAUAUUCCUAUUAUGCACUUUAUAAUAAUGAUUUAAAAUACAAUGUACACAUUUCACGUAAUA